AUGAAUGCUUCUGAAUUUCAACAGGUUAUGAGCCGUCACCUGAAGUUCAACUACUCAAUUUCGUUUCCUUCAGAGCAAUUGUUGGCUUCAAAGAACAACUUUCCAUUAUGGAAAACCAGAAUGGAUCAACUUUUCGAACCAAUUGGAAAAGAAUUUGUGGCCUAUCUUUUGCCUCUGACAAAUGUUGACACUGGAUACACUUCUGAGGACCGAUCCGCAUUCAACUCCUACAUUGAAUUUGUUCUUUCCAAAACCGUAACUGAAGACGUUCGUGUUACUCUCAGUGGUGAGUCAGUUACUGGCAGAGCCCGUUGGUUACGUCUCCUUACUCUUUAUGGUACCAUGAAUCACCGCGAUGUUGUCAAAUAUGUUAAGGUAUUAUUGACAAUGAUUCUCAAUCCUUCUUUGAAAUCUAAAGCAGUCAAGCCGGCAAUUGACUCUCUUUAUUCCUUUACGGAAUCUUAUACCUUAGAUGAAAUUAAGGGUAUUCAACUUCUAGCUACUAGCAGUGCUCCUAAUCUCAUACAAAAUUACUUCCACCUGGGCAGCGAAUCUUUGACGUAUGAUGAUGUUUUCCAAUUUCUUGCCGAAUAUGAAGAAAAUACUACCGAAGCCUCUACUGCUCCAUCGGUGCUUGCUGCUACCUUUUCCACCGACUCCAGACGUCCUUCUGUUGAUGCCAAUGAUCCACUUUGGAACACUAAGUGUUACAACUGUGGUGGUCGUGGUCACAGACGUGAUGUGUGUUGCUCGCCUAUUCGUGUUGGUAAGUAUACUGGAUGGCUGACUAAUACGUCCAAGAAGCGCUCCUUUAAUGACAAUGAGCGCAAGAAGCAAUACAAGUCAGGUGCUACUGCCAAUGUUGCUGUUAACGAAAGUGCGUUUGUACUUACUACAACCACCGGAUCCACGACAUCUCAUUCACUGGAGUUCAUCUUUGACUCUGGUGCUUCGAUUCACAUUUGUCAUGAUCGGUCCUUGUUUUGGACUUUUCAACCGGAGUCCGGUAGUUUUGUUUCUUGUGCUGGCGGAGUUCGUCUUCCUGUCUUAGGUAGAGGGUCUAUCAAGUUUAGGUCUGCUGAUGAGACUAUAGUCCUUCAGGAAGUAUGCUAUGUUCCCGAAUGCACUAAGAAUCUUAUCUCCGUGCAUGCUGCUGUUCGUGUCUCUGGUUCGCCCCUUACCACCAAAGUAGACGGAAUCUAUCAUCCACGGAUUGGUCGUUUUGGUGUAUAUAGGGACGAUCUUGGACUUUCCGUCCUCGAUAUGAAACCUAUACCACCUUUAGUCUCCGUCUUAUCUGUUCUUCAUAACCGUCUUGGUCAUCCGCAUCAGGCUAUUGAACAGCAAGUUCUUCGUGACAAUUACUCGCUUGCUGAUAUUGAGAAAAUUGGUGAUGUAACGAAGAGUUGUGCCAGCUGUCUGGAAUAUAAGAAGACACGCAGUAUCCCGAAGGUCUCCCAUAAAUCGGAUACAACAACUCCUUUACAAAUCCUUCACUCGGAUGUUUCCGGCCCUCAUAAUACGCCAGGAAUCUCUUCUGAAAGCUAUUUCUGUGUGCUUGUGGAUGAUUAUAGCAAGUUUAACUCCAAUCAAGUUUCGUUUGAUGAAUCGAUCUACCCAUUUGAAAACUCACCUGAUCAUGCGCCAACUACGUCUGCUUCGACUAUUCCUAUGGGCGUGUCCGGUGUCCCUCGUUUUUCAUCCGACGUUGCCACCACUUCACGAGCUGAACACAUCUCGAGUGAUGAACAUGAAACUUCCUCGAGCGAUCACUCACGCGCACAAUCACCUGAUAUGCACAGGGAAGAUUCUCCUGCUACCCCUGUAUCUAUUUCGCACAAUUUGCAACCAUUACAUUCGUCCCCUGCUGCGUCUCUUCUGUCCUAUGAUUCCACGGACUCUGAACUUGCACGCAUGCCAUCUAAUCUCCUCGCAUCCGAUUCUACGGGGGAGGACUGGAAACAAGAGAAAGAAAGUGCCAUCAACGAAGAUGACAAAGAAAGUGAGAUAUGA